GAGAAUGUUACUGACGUCGGCAGGCCCGUCCAAUUAUUGGAAUCUUAGCCUACCACAGUCGACUCCAGGCGUUCGACGCCAGUCGAGGACUCGAUGUCCCUCAGAAUGUGCAGCAGCAGUUCACGCAUCGCCCGACCUGGACUUUCCACGAUCUCCGGUCGCACCUCGCAUGAUACCCUCGACAGAUAUUCCACGAUUCGAACAUUUUUUACACGACAACAAGCUAAAUUCUCCACUUCCUCUACCAGCUCGUUACCUCCUUUAUUGACGGUUAACCGUAUUGGAAGCCCAAAGUCGCUGCAGAACUGCAUCUUCGUUCGAACUCGGCAAUUUCAUGCUACCAAAUCCGGUUAUUUUUCUGGGGAACCCCAGGACGGCUACAAGGGGAAAAGACGAGCUAAUGGUGAUGAAAGUGACAACACUAGUACAACAUCGAGUACAAUCAGCUCAGAACGACAAACCGGUUCGACUGCAGAAGAUUCGAAAAGAGGGAACGACGAGUCGCAGCCAGACAUGAAACAUGAAAGGACCCCUCCGGAACAGAGUAACGAACCACCGACACCUGCAUCACCACCAACCCAACCCCAUAUUCUUCCCUAUAACUUUGAACAGUACUCGACAUUCUUUCGGCGCCUUGCCCUAUCUGCACCCCAUUUUCACGCACCCACCCGCGACGAUUUUCUCAGAGUUGCAGAUGGAUUCUGGCAAAGGCUUCGUAUUCGAUUCAAAUGGUUCACAAUCAAAUCAUUUCGGAAAUUCAACGCAGAUGAUAUUUCAGGUAUCAUGACUUGGGUUCUUAUGAGCCAGACUGUUUGGAUCUUGGUGGGAACGACCACUUUCUUCUCUGUUGUUUUUGCCAUCGCCAAUAGCCUUCAGCUACAAAAUUUUGUUGCUCGUACAAUCAGUGACUAUCUCACAGCCGAGACAGGUGUAACCGUCAUCUUCGAGUCCGCCGUUGUACCGAAAUGGAAAGAUUCUCGGAUCUCAUUCAAAAAUGUCUACGUCUCGCGUCGCCCUCUCUCUAUGCAGAAAACAAAAAUCAAAGAACAUCAGGCAGCGUUGGGAUAUGAUCUCAGCCAUCAUCCCGCGUACCAUCAUGUUGGUGAUGAAGAGGACGAUGAACAUCGGCUACCUGCAGAGGAGGACUGCAACUAUACAAUGUUUGAUUUGGACAUUGGGUCCAUUGAUGUCACUCUUUCGUUAUGGCGCUGGCUUGACGGUAAAGGUCUGAUUGAGUCGGCAGUCGUGAAGGGCGUACGAGGUGUCUUAGAUCGCCGUUCCCUGGAAUAUGAUCCCGACCAUCCGCUGGAUCCUCUGUCUUGUCGACAUCCAUACCAGAUUGGGGACUUUGAGCUGAACUCCCUUCAGUUGGAAGACGUUCUCAUAACAGUUCACCAACCUGGAGGAUUUCGACCGUUUACAGCUUCCAUCUUCCGAGCAGAUAUUCACAUUUUCCGUAGACGAUGGCUCGUCUACGACUUUUUGUGUGCCGAAAACAUUGUUGGUCAAUUUGACAAUUGCUUGUUUAGCCUGCACAAGCCCCAGAGCAUCGGACGGACGACGGAGAUGGAUCUUCAGGAUGGAGAAUGGGCCAGAAUGUCCCGAAUUCGUAUCGAUGGAGUCAACAUUGACCAUCUCCAGGCUUCUACCACAAUGGAAGGACCUGUCGCCUGGAUCACUUCUGGUAAACUAGAUGCCGUCUUUGAUAUCAAAUUUCCGCAGGAUCCUGAACAUGAUCUCCCAUUUAACGCUAUCCUCGAAGAAAUUGCCGACGCGAUAUCAACGACUGUUCUUUCCAAUCCAUCCGAUUCCAAUCCUAUACUCCAACGGAUCCCUGGACAGAGGGAGUUGGCAAAACCUGCGCUAUCGGCACCACCCACUGAAUUUGAUUCCACAGACAACACGGAGCCAAAAGUAGUUGUUGACAUUGACCUCAGGUUCAGGGACGUCAAAGCUGCUGUGCCUAUCUUUACGAACGAUCUUUCAUACGUGAACAAUGCCUUGAUCAGACCUAUCGUUGGCUUCAUGAAUGCUAAUCGGACGCUGGUUCCUAUUCAUUGUCGAGUGGUAAAGCCCCUCAGUCAUUUCGACGGCGCUUGGACAAUGUGGGAAACCGGCCUCCUGGAUGAAAUUUCUGUGAAGAUUUACGACGCACUUGCAUAUCACGUCACACAGGCAAAUUUCAACCGAAGAAUUAAAACCGUCAGCGUUUGGAGUCUUCAGAUGACCGCUAACGCCGUCCUAUCUGCUCUGCGGAACCUGGUGGACCCGGCAUCACUUCGGUUGUUGAAGGAGUCAUAUUCUAGGUCUGAGGAACAAGAGGAAGGGUUGUUAUCCGGUGCGAAUGUUCUGAAUGCGCAACCUAUAUGAAUCAAGGGUGAUAAAAGCGUGCUCAUCCCGCGUAUUGAACGAGCUCAUACGUGUGUUGACACUAGAUCCUGAUUCCUGUUCAAACAUAGUGAUACCUUCCAUUAUAACAACAUACACGGAGAAGUUUCACUAUUGCUCACAGUGUAUGGCGACCGUCGGUGAUGAGUUCAACAGGACAUCUUACGAGGCUCUCCCCGUCCCACACUCGAACGUCGUUGAGCUGAACAAUUCCAGUUCUCCAUUGUAAUAUGUCUUGAAGGAUAUGAGCGUAGGAGAUUUAACAGCAGAAUUUGGGGGGCCUCCCUUUCGGGCCGUGAUCCGUUUAUGGCUCAAUG